AAAACGAAAGAGAUUUAGAAGAAUCCCGAAGGAAGGAAGAGAAGGAUCGGGGGGAAAAGGAGAGAGAGAGAGAGAAAAAAAAAAAAUAGGAAGAUAGAAGUGUAAGGCGAGAAGAGUUAGAGAAGAAGAAGAAGAAGAAAAGGCGAGAAGCCCCCCAAGACAGACAAGAUGGAGGUCCUGGCCAAAUCCCUGGCUGCUGCCCCACGACUCCUCAUGCUGUCGUGCAGCACGUGCGCCCAGCAGAUCGCGCACGCCUCCAGCUCCCGCCACGUGUGUUCGCCCGCCCACGAGGUCGCACCGGCGCUCCCCAACGGCGGCAGCGGCGGGAACGGCAUGGGCGGCGGGAACGGGCGCCGUCUCAACCGCCGCACCGAGCUGGACUUCGAGGAGCUGGUGGCGCUGCAGAUGGCCGGCGACAUCGCGCUCAUCGACGUCAGGAACCCGCAGGAACUCGAGAAGCACGACGCCAUCCCGGGGGCCGUCAACAUACCCCUGUGCCACUUGAAGCUCGCCCUCCAGCUGUCCGACGAGGAGUGGGCCCGGGAGUUCCAGGUCGAGAAGCCCACCAAGUGCGACCGCAACCUCGUCUUCUACGCCGCGGACCCAACCCUCCAGCGCCGCCGUGGAGAUCGCCCAUCGCCUCGGAUUAAGAUGUCCAGGCACUACAUCGGUGGGUGGGAAGAGUACAGCAAGAAAACCGGCCAGCCCCUCACCAAGGCCCAAGAAGCCACUCCCUUCAACAACUACUACCAGAACCAGUUUGAUCAGUACUUCCUGUAGAUACCAGGAAUGAAAAACAGAAAAUAAAAGAUAAUGGGAAAAAUAGAUCGUGAAAUAAGAAAUAGAAAAAUGUUUCUUUGAGGAGAAAAGAUAAAGAAGGAAGUUGAAGUUACUCGAAAGUUGUGCUGCAUUCUUUUCAGAGCUGUAGGGUUGCCCUUGCACAUACUCAUAGAGAUGGUUAGAGGUUUAUCACAUAGUUAGUCUUAUUUUUUCUAUUUACACUCACGCUUCAUCAUCAUCUUUUCCUGUCUCCUUUACUUUUAAAGAUUUUGUCCAGAUGUGGGCAAUGCUUCAGCUUUGUGAAGGAUGGAGUUCAGUUAUUCAGAGGAAAAUAAAAUACAGAGAUAUAUAUACACAAGGAAAUUAAUGUGAAGAAAAGGGUAUGAUUUUCUUUCGGAAGAGGACGAUGACCAGAUGAAUUUCAUGACAAGGAAGUGAAUAAUAAAAAACUUCUGAAAUAAGAACACAGUUAAGGUUAUGAGAGAGUGCAAACCAUUCAGUAUAGAAAGAGAGGAAAAUGAAAUGAAAGACGAGAACGUACACUCAAGGAAAGUAAUAUAUACGAGAAGAAUGGAAGAAUUCCUUUUUCGAACCUCUUGUUAGCGCUGACAAGAGAGCAGAGAAGCACCAGAAAGAAAGGCAUUGAUAUUAAUCCCUCCCCUUCCUUAGUCCCCCAAAUGUUGUACCAGUAAACCAGUAGAUAGUUGUCACUCGUCAAGGGUGAAAUUUCUGCUCCUACUUCAUACCUCUUUGAGUAGAUAGUUGCCCACCAGUAUAUGGGAACAAAGUUUCUACUGUGUUUUACAUAGAUGUUGGAGGCUUGAGUAGUCAUCCUCUGUGCUUGGAUUAAAGAGAAGGGAAAUGCAACAGAAAAUUGUUGGAAAGAAAUAACAGAGAGGAUUCAUGUGCAGUACUGUAUUUGAAGAGGGUAAAACGAAAAAAAAAGUACCUGUAGGCAGGUUGUGAUGCAGACAAGUGUAUAUUAUACUCGCUAGUAGAUCUCAAUGAAAUGUAAUGUAAUAUAUAAUACCUAAUACUCCUGCUCUCAUUUCCAGUGUACUAGUACAGCUGUAUUGGAUAGACCUUACAAAGAUCAUUAAUAAUUUUCUGUUAGUCUUUUCACCUUCAUCUGAGGUAGCCAAGAAAGCUGGUGUCAAUCUGUUCUGUUAAGUUAUUGCUCCUUUGAUAUGAAUUAUUCCUGAGUUACAGAAAUGUGAGGUUUUGAAGAGUAAUUAUUCUUUUCAUUCUGGUAGAGGUUACUUUUCAGUGGAUUCUGAUUUGCAUAUCUCAUAAUUCUUUUGUGUAGUUUUAUUUUUCAUCAUUUACAUUUUUGCUUUUGUUGGUUUCUGUCAAGACAAAAAUUGGAAAAUUUCAAUUAUUUUUGUCUCUAUGAAGAAGAAAAAAGUAUUAUGAUAAUUUUGGUUAGUGGGGUUCUAUCACUGCACAAUUUAUAUACCCUUUCAGUGGGGUUUACAUAGGGGCUCAUCUGUUACAGAAGCACAGGAUUGCAAAGUAUGUUGCACAUGAUGGUUGGAGCUCAAGAAAUGUGGACUUCCCUUUACUGAAACAAACAGUAAUAGGAAUAUGAUGUCUGGAGAACAAGAGAGUAAGGAAAGUGUAACUGUGGCCUCAAAAAUAGGUGUACGAAGACUUGAUGCAAAAAUGUGCUAUGAACUACAGCCACUGCUAUGGAAACUUUUAUUUUUUAUUUUUUUGAAUCUGCUUUGAUUUUUUUUUUCCUUGAGAGUAUAAGAUAGGGUAGGAAUGCAUACAAAGAAGUGUUAAGGAUUGCUUAUCAGUUGGAAAGUAAUUCUGUGACUUAUGUGCCUUAUGUAACGCCAUCUCGUAGAAAAGACAAGGGAAUCUCCUUUUUAUUACAGACUAUUAGAAUUUUUAUACUCAAAAAGCAAUUCAGAUGUAUUACCUUGUCUAUUCAGUCUUAAAAAAGAUAGGUAAAAACUUACAAAAAAACAAAAAAAUUAUGACAGUUUGGUAGCCUUUUUUUUUCUUUUCUUUUUCUUUCCUUAUUGUCCUUUCUUUGUCUUAGUCUUCCUUCUUUCUUUUAUAAAGGAUUAAACCUUGAGGCAUGUCCCCUUCUUAUAAUCUAAUUAUAGCAAAGGAACAUGCAUCAAGGAUAUUUGUAAAUCCUCACAAAAAAAAAGAAAAAAAAAGUAAAACUAAAAACUUCUACUGUAGGAAUUAAAAACUU